ACCCGGAAGUGGGUGCGGGCCGGCCGGCCGGCUCUCCCGGGGGCCAUGGCUGCGGCUGCAAGUGUAGCCGAGGGGGUCCCGGGUCGGGGUCCUCCGGGAGAAGUGAUCCAUCUGAAUGUGGGAGGCAAAAGAUUCAGUACCUCUCGCCAGACUCUCACCUGGAUCCCAGACUCCUUCUUCUCUAGUCUGCUGAGUGGACGCAUCUCAACCCUGAAAGAUGAGACCGGAGCAAUCUUCAUCGACAGGGACCCCACCAUCUUCGCCCCCAUCCUCAACUUCCUGCGCACCAAGGAGUUGGACCACAGGGGUGUCCAUGGUUCCAGCCUCCUUCAUGAAGCCCAGUUCUAUGGACUCACUCCCUUGGUUCGUCGCCUGCAGCUGCUGGAGGAGCUAGAUCGAUCUUCUUGUGGCAAUGUCCUCUUCAAUGGUUACCUACCCCCACCAGUGUUCCCAGUGAAGCGGCGAAACCGGCACAGCCUGGUAGGCUCCCAGCAGCUAGGGGGACGCCUGGCCACCGUUCGGCGAAGCAACACGAUGCCCCCCAACCUGGGCAAUGCAGGGCUGCUGGGCCGAAUGCUGGACGAGAAAGUCCCCCCCUCACCCUCAGGGCAACCGGAAGAGGCAGGCAUGGUGCGCCUAGUGUGUGGACACAACAACUGGAUCGCUGUGGCCUAUACCCACUUUCUUGUCUGCUAUAGGCUGAAGGAGGCCUGUGGCUGGCAGCUGGUAUUUUCCAGCCCCCGCCUGGACUGGCCCAUUGAGCGCCUGGCUCUCACAGCCAGGGUGCCUGGCGGGGCUUUGGGCGAGCAUGACAAGAUGGUGGCCGCAGCCACUGGUAGUGAGAUCUUGCUGUGGGCUCUGCAACUGGAAGGCGGUGGCUCCGAGAUAGGAGUCUUCCACCUGGGGGUGCCUGUGGAGGCCUUGUUCUUCGUGGGAAACCAGCUCAUUGCCACAAGUCACACUGGGCGCAUCGGGGUGUGGAAUGCAGUCACCAAGCACUGGCAGGUCCAAGAGGUACAGCCCAUCACCAGCUAUGACGCAGCAGGCUCCUUCCUCCUCCUGGGAUGCAGCAGUGGCUCCAUCUACUAUGUGGAUGUGCAGAAGUUCCCUCUUCGGAUGAAGGACAAUGACCUCCUGGUCAGUGAACUCUACCGGGACCCAGCAGAGGACGGAGUCACUGCCCUCAGUGUCUACCUCACCCCCAAGACCAGUGACAGCGGGAACUGGAUCGAGAUUGCCUAUGGCACCAGCUCCGGGGGCGUGAGGGUCAUCGUACAGCACCCUGAAACAGUGGGCUCGGGGCCCCAGCUCUUCCAGACCUUCACUGUGCACCGCAGUCCUGUCACCAAGAUCAUGCUGUCAGAGAAGCACCUCAUCUCGGUCUGUGCCGACAACAACCAUGUGCGGACGUGGUCUGUGACUCGCUUCCGGGGCAUGAUUUCCACCCAGCCGGGCUCCACCCCGCUUGCCUCCUUCAAGAUCCUGGCGCUGGAGUCUGCGGAUGGGCAUGGUGGCUGCAGUGCUGGCAAUGACAUUGGCCCCUAUGGUGAGCGGGACGACCAGCAGGUGUUUGUUCAAAAGGUGGUGCCAAGUGCCAGCCAGCUCUUCGUGCGCCUCUCAUCCACUGGCCAGCGAGUGUGUUCUGUACGCUCGGUGGACGGCUCGCCCACGACCGCCUUCACAGUGCUGGAGUGUGAGGGCUCCCGGCGUCUGGGCUCACGGCCCCGGCGCUACCUGCUCACCGGCCAGGCCAAUGGUAGUCUGGCCAUGUGGGACUUGACCACUGCAAUGGACGGCCUCGGCCAGGCCCCAGCAGGUGGCCUGACGGAGGAGGAGCUGAUGGGACAGCUGGAGCAGUGUGAGCUGGCCCCCCUGGCUUCCUCCCGGAGCUCUCUCCGCAGCCCCUCCCCCCGGGCCUCCCUCACCAGUCUCCACUCAGCCUCUAGCAGCACCUCCCUGUCUGGCCACCGUGGGAGCCCCAGCCCCCCCCAGGUGGAGGCCCGGCGCCGUGGAGGAGGCAACUUUGUAGAGCGCUGCCAGGAGCUGGUGCGGAGCACGCCGGAGCCCCGAAGACCACCAACUCCAGCCCCCCGGCCCUCCACCGGUCUUGGGGCUCCCCUUACACCUCCCAAGAAGAAGCUCAAUGAAACUUCCUUUUGAACACAGAUGCCAUGGUGCCUUUGGAUACUCUAGUCCUGGUGGGCUCAGGUGCCUCCCUGCUUCCUAGUGAAGCCCUGGGUUCAGGGCCAGGGCCUCCUUAGAGUGGUCAUUGUUACUAGGUCCCCAUCUUACCCCUUUUCUGGAAGCCAAGGCCAGCCUCUCCAAUAAAACUCUCACUGCCAUCA